AUGUUGGGGAAUGGGAAUCCGUGGUCUCCCGAGUGCUUCACAAUUAAUCAAAUAGCUUCUGCAGCUGAGAUAUUUGACAUCUUGGAAUAUGUAUGUCAUGUACAUAAGUUACCUCUGGCUCUUACAUGGCUUCCAGAAGGCAGAGACGCAAAUUCAAACAGAACAAAUAAAUUACGCAUUGAGAAUACUGCUUGCUAUGUGAAUGAUUUAGAAAUGAAGGAAUUUGUGGAAGCAUGUGCAGAAGUUCAUCUUGAGGAAGGGCAAGGUGUUGUUGGAAAAGCACUUCUAUCAAAUAAGCACUUUGUCUCCGAUGUUUCCAAGCUCGAUGCAGUUGAUUAUCCAUUUGCUCAGAAGGCAGUAGAGUUUGGCCUUCAUAGUGCUUUUGCAAUCAAGAUAGAAAGCAGCUACACCAACAAUGAUGGUUACAUUUUAGAAUUUUUUCUCCCCCAGAAAAUGCGAACAAGCUCAGAACAGGAAAGGUUGAUACAUGAAAUCUCAUGUACCAUGCAACAGAGUUGCAGGAAUUUGAGAAUAGUUUCAGACAAUAGUGGCUUCCACAUUAGUAAUAUUCAGAACUCUAGGGUGCCUUACAGCAUCACGCCAGCAGCUUUCCCUUCCAUCUCUUCUUCAGGAUUACCGUCAAUUAGUAGUUUAAAUUCGAGUCAAAGGAGGGAAUUAUCAAGUCAAAUGAGGGAAUUAGGUCGUAUUUUGAAUCAGACAGAUGAUGAAGAGGACAUGCCUGAAGCUAAUAACCAGGAAGUCGAAGAACAACAUUCCUCAUUCGAACCAGUACCCUUGACCGACAACAUGUUGGUGAACACAGAUGAUUCUGCUCAGACAAGAGGUGCUAAAAAACGGGCGAGGACAUCCGAGGUGUGGAAUUACUUUGAUGAGAUAAGAGUAAACGGAGAAGUAUGGGCCAUAUGCAAAGGUUGUAAUGCCAGAUUUCGAGGGGAAAGCACGAGGGGAACUACAAGUCUACAUCUCUCCCACCUAAACUUCAAUAAAGAGUCAUUGGAAAGUUGGAAUCAGGAAUCUGCACUGGGCGCUGGAGACACAAUACGAGGUGGAAGUUCGAGCAGUCUAAUCGAGCCAGGGACGGUGAGCUCUUCUGCAUUUCAUGAAGACCAACCUGAUGAUCCUCACAUAAUGAUGGAAGGAAAUGUUUGGUCUCCCGAGUGCUUCUCAAUCAAUCAAAUUGCUGUUUCGGCUGAGAUAUUUGACAUGUUGGAAUAUAUAUGUCAUGUACAUUACCUGCCCCUAGCUCUCACAUGGAUGUCAGAUAGGAGACGUAUUCUUCGCUUGGAGAAUAGUGCUUGCUAUCUGAAUGACUCUACAAUGGCAGAAUUUAUAGAGGCAUGUGGAAAAAACCGUCUUGAGGAAGGGAAAGGUGUAGCUGGAAAAGCACUUCAAUCCAACAGUAUAUGCUUCGUCUCUGACAUCUCCAAGCUUGAUGUGAAAAAUUAUCCAUUUAUUUUCGACGCAUGGGAGUUUGGUCUUCGCGGUGUUGUUGCAAUCAAGCUAACAAGUAGCUACAUGAGUAGUAUUGAUUAUGUAUUGGAGUUUUUCCUCCCUCCUGAGAUGAAAGAAAUUUCAGGACAGCAUCUUUUGAUAAAUAAAAUCACAUCUAUCUUGCAGAAGAACUCUAGGGAUUCAUGGACAGUAUUUACUGAAUUAAGUGGGGCUAAUGUUAGCUCUGAAGUUAGGAUGGAGGAGGUUGGGACAAGUGACAUCAGAUCGACAGCUAUUCGGGACAGCCCACCACCAGCAUUAUCAGAGAUUGGUAGUUUAAAUUCAAGUGAUAUCAGGGAGUUACGCAAUAUUUUUAAGCCAACAGGUGAUGGAAUGGAAGUGCCUGAAGCUCAUGAGCAGGAAGUUGCGGAACAAAAUUCCACAUUUGAACCUGCAGCAGAUCUGUGCCCAGACCAUGAGAUGGUCGACAUAGAUAGUUCUCGUUUCAAUACAGGCAUGACAAGCAAACGACGAAGGACAUCUGAGGUUUGGCAAUACUUUGACGAGAUGAGACAAAAUGGAGAAUUGUGGUUAAUAGAUUCUGUGAAUCUUCCUCAAGAAAUGAAGUCAUUGCAAUAUGUAGCAGGUUCUGCUGCUAGUGAAGUACUGAGUCCUGCUCCGCGUCAACAACAUUGUUUUGCGGUGGCUGGUCGAUGGAGGGAGGCGAUGGUUCCUGCACUCCUGACUGUGAGUUGGGACAAAGUUGCUGCAACCCAAAGAAAAAAUUUCUUGACGAAGGCUGGUGCUGAAAUUGCCAUGGUAGUCCUAUAUGGAAUGAUAAAGCUUUGA